AUGUAUAACUUUACUUUUAAAAAUACAUUAUCUCACUUUAUAAAAUGUAGUAGUAAUACUAAAUCAUCGAUAGUUAGUAAUAGUACUGGUAGAAAUUAUACUUCAACAAGCUCAUAUGGUACAUCAUCAUUGAAUAAUGAGGAUGGUAUCUCUCAAAGAGAACACCCAAUAUCAAUUUAUAUACAUUGGCCAUACUGUAGCAAGAUAUGUGGUUAUUGUUCAUUCAACAAGUAUUUAGAUGGUCCACAUGUAGAUCACUCUAGAAUGAAACAAUCGAUGAUCACUGAAUUGUCUAAUUUAAUUAAAUUGUAUUAUCCUUCAUCUUCUUCUAUAAAUAAUAACAUACAAUAUAAAUUAAAAUCAAUUUAUUUUGGUGGAGGUACACCAUCUUUGGCAACUAUUGAUACAUUAUCAUCGAUUGUUGAAACUGUCUAUCAAUACUUUCCGACAACAACCAACCGAAAGGAUUUAGAAAUCAAUUUAGAGGCAAAUCCAGAUGCAAUGGACAAGAAUUAUUUAAAAGAUUUAAAAGAUAUUGUUGGUGUAAAUAGAUUAUCACUUGGUGUUCAAGCAUUAAAUGAUGAAGAUUUAAAGUUUUUAGGAAGAACGCAUAAUACAAAACAAGCAAUUGAAUCAAUUGAAAUUUGUAAUUCUAUAUUUGAUCGUGUAUCAUUUGAUAUGAUUUAUGCAAGACGUGGUCAACACUCCGUUGAACAAUGGAGACAAGAAUUAAAACUAGCUGUUCAACUUUCAAAAGGUCAUUUAUCACUCUACAAUUUAACUUUUGAAGAUGGUACAGCCUUUUUUAAAAGAUUAAGAAAGCAUAGAAGUAAUCAUAUUAUUAAACCAACAAAUGAUCAAUGUUCAUUACAUUAUAUGGCAGCAAUAGAGGAGACUGAAAAGGUUGGAAUGAAUCAAUACGAGAUUAGUAACUUUUCAAUCCCAGGUCAUCAUUCACAACACAAUUUAAAUUAUUGGAGAGGUGGAGAUUAUAUUGGUAUUGGCCCAGGUGCAUGUUCAAGAGUUAGUGUUUUCAACAACAACAAUCAACAAGACAACACUAACUUGAAACCUGAAAAGGUAGCACUUAAAACGAUUAUUCAUCCAAAAACAUGGAUGGAUAGAGUUGAAGCAAAUGGUCAUGGUUUGUUUGAAGCAGAGACAACCACCCUCUCGUUUAAAGAUCGUAUCAAUGAAUUAUUAUUGAUGGGGUUGAGAACUAAAGAGGGUGUAUCAAGAUCGACAUUUAGAUAUUUAUCGCAUGGUCUCGAUUUUGAACAAGUGUUGGAUCCAAUAGUACUAUCACGUUUACAAUCAAUUGGUAUGAUCGUUUUAGAUGAAAAUGGAUUACGUGUUACUACCAAUGAAGCAUUUAUGAUCCUUGAUACAUUAUUACUUGAUAUUUGUCUCUAA